ACCGGUGCGAUCCAGGAAGCAGCUGAAAGGAACCCACAGGAAAGAAGAAGAAGAGGCUCUGGGUAACCGGAUCACCACCAUAGAAGCUGGCGAGAGGACCAACAACCAGACAGGAACAAGAGAGGUCGUUGUGGAGCUCGAGCCUCUGUUUGCUGUCCGUGCAGCGGGGGAGGGUACAGCUGCUGUCCCAGGCCUAGUUAGAUGUCCCAGCAUCCCGCAGGAGCUCAGACCAGGCCACUGCGUCACUAACUGGGAGAGUUGGACUAGCAAGACAGGGGAGAGGAGAUUUGUGUGGUGCAUCUGGGCCAAAGCCCCUUAAGCCCCAGCGUUCACUCCCAGGAACCCCUGUCUCUCUGAAAAACUUGCCGGUCGACCUACGAACCUCCAUGGAAGAGAAGUACAAAGAGAUUGCAGAGGAGCUGUUCUCUCGCAGCAUGGCGGAGAGUGAGAUGCGCAGCGCCCCCUAUGAGUUCCCAGAGGACAGCCCCAUCGAGCAGCUGGAAGAGCGGCGACACCGCCUGGAGAGGCAGAUCAGUCAGGACAUUAAGCUUGAGCCAGAGAUCUUGCUACGUGCCAAACAGGACUUCCUGAAAAUCGACAGUGCCACAGACCUAGAGUUAAUAAAGGAGAAGAGUGUUGAUGCUGUUGAUAAUGGCCUUAAGGAGAGAGAAAUGCCAAUGGAGAGAGAGUACCAGCGGGUGUCUAUAUCUGGAGAGGAAAAAUGUGGGGUGCCCUUCACUGACCUGGUCGAUGCCGCCAAGUGUGUGGUGAAAGCUUUGUUCAUUCGGGAGAAAUACAUCAACAGAUCCAUGCAGUCCUUUUGCAAGACCACGGCUCAGUCCUUGCAGGACCUGAGCUUGAAGCCGCAGGACAUGGGACUCUACGACGAAAUCGCAGAAACCCCCGUCGACAUCGAUGCCCCCGUCCACCCGCCUGUUUCUGAGACGCACCCAUACGACAAUCAGGACCCCCAAAAUAUGCCCCUGGAUGCGGGAUACAGCUGCAAGAUGGUAGACGGCGUCAUGCAUGUCUACACCAAGAACAGCGUCAUGGACAAAAGCACAGAAUUAGACCUGCCCUAUCCUGACCUGAAAGAAUACAUUGCCGACAUGAACGUUAUGAUGGCUCUCAUUAUUAAUGGCCCGGUGAAGUCUUUCUGCUACCGUCGCCUACAGUACCUGAGCUCCAAAUACCAGAUGCACAUCCUCCUGAAUGAGAUGAAGGAGCUAGCAUCCCAGAAGAAAGUCCCUCACAGAGACUUCUACAACAUACGCAAAGUAGACACGCACAUACAUGCUUCGUCCUGCAUGAACCAGAAGCACCUGCUGCGCUUCAUCAAAAGGGCCAUGAAGAAAUACCCCGGGGAGAUUGUUCACAUCGAGCGCGGCCGGGGUCAGACUCUCAAGGAGGUCUUUGAGACCAUGAAUCUUACAGCUUUCGACCUGAGCGUGGACACGCUAGAUAUGCAUGCGGACCGCAACACGUUCCACCGCUUUGACAAGUUCAAUGCCAAAUACAACCCCAUCGGAGAGUCCAUCCUGAGGGAGAUUUUCAUCAAAACUGACAACCACGUUGAGGGGAAAUACUUUGCACACAUUGUCAAGGAGGUGAUGGCAGACCUGGAGGAGAGCAAGUACCAGAACUCUGAACUGCGACUGUCUAUCUACGGGCGUUCCAGAGACGAAUGGGACAAGCUGGCCCAGUGGGCAGUCAAACAUCGGGUGUAUUCGGAUAACGUGUGUUGGCUUAUCCAAGUACCCCGUCUUUUUGAUGUAUAUCGUACAAAGAAGCAGUUGGCUAAUUUCCAAGAGAUGCUGGAGAACAUCUUCCUGCCGCUGUUUGAAGCCACCAUCAAUCCCCGCAGUCAUCCCGAGCUGCAUCUCUUCCUGGAGCACGUUGUGGGUUUUGACAGCGUGGAUGACGAGUCCAAACCUGAGCACCACAUUUUCAAUCUGGACAGUCCUCUGCCGGCCAACUGGAGAGAGGAGGACAACCCGCCCUACUCGUACUAUCUCUACUACACCUACGCUAACAUGACCGUGCUCAACCACCUCAGGAGGAGGCGAGGAUUUCAUACAUUUGUGCUGCGACCUCACUGCGGGGAGGCGGGGCCAAUCCACCACCUGGUGUCGGGUUUCAUGCUGUCAGAGAACAUCUCUCAUGGUCUGCUGCUCAGAAAGGCCCCUGUGCUGCAGUAUUUGUACUACCUCGCUCAAAUCGGCAUCGCCAUGUCGCCGCUAAGCAACAACAGCCUGUUCCUCAGUUACCACCGCAAUCCACUGCCGGAGUAUCUGUCGAGAGGCCUCAUUGUGUCCCUGUCCACCGACGACCCCCUCCAGUUCCACUUCACCAAGGAACCUCUUAUGGAGGAGUACAGCAUUGCAACACAAGUGUGGAAGCUGAGUUCCUGUGACAUGUGUGAGCUGGCAAGAAACAGUGUUCUCAUGAGUGGAUUUUCACACAAGGCCAAAAGCUACUGGCUGGGUCCCAACUAUUACAAAGAAGGUCCGGAGAGUAACGACAUCCGCCGCACCAACCUCCCCGACAUCCGCGUGGCCUAUCGCAGCGAGACGCUCUCUGAGGAGCUCCACCUCAUAACCCACGCCGUGCGCACGGAGGAGCUGGAGACCAUCGACGAAGAGGACCCACUGUGCAUGGGGCCUCUCCUGGGUGGCCGUUGAUGACAAGAUCCCGACCGCUGCCACCGGGUCUCUCUCACUACUUCCAGUAAACGCACACCUGUAUCCUGCAUCCACCACCACACCUUGAAGGCAAGUGAGAGCAAACCGUACGCCAAGGAACCACUCCUGUCAGCACACUUGUACUCUUGUACAAGCUAGCACAGCCCGCCAUUUUAAAUCCAUCCAUCCACGCUCUAUGGCGCACGUGCCGCUGUCAUUCCGCAGUCUUGCGUACUCUUUUCGAAUGCACAAGCAAACCUUUGCAGCUCAAAGCACAGCAAAGUUUUCGAAGCGUCCCGAUUCUUUCCCUCAUGGCUUCUUUGCAUAGCUGCAAGGAGCCCCCCUUGGUUAUCAAAGGCUACAGACUCUGCAAACAUUCCACAGAGCAAGAAUGAAAGCAUCCUUGUGGGAUUUCAAGCAUAAAAAAGGCUGGUUUACUUCACUGUGGCCAUGAGGAAGUGGUGCCUCCACACUCAUUCCUUCCUCAGACAUGAGAGUUGGUGUUUUUGCAUGCAUUGCACAGUAGUUCUGCACCAAGACAGUCAUCGCUAACAUUUGUUCCACAAAAAUGCAGCUGAAACCACUUGGCUGCAUGCAUACUUUGCGUCCAAAUAGUUUUUAUUUGUGCAUGGUUGCAUGAGUCAUGAGGAUGACACCACAAUGUAAAGCAACGGCGUUCUCAUGGCUGAAUGCAUUUAUUGGCCCUCUGCAUAUUGUAAAAAUAAAAACAAGCCAUUAUCAAUAACAAAUAUUAUUAGAUAUUAUAUUAAUUUUCUUUGUCACAGAUAACACAAAGCUAAGGAAUUUUCUUUUGAUAUCCUUGCACAGAUUGAUUUUUUUCUGCAUCUUAAACGCACAACAUGUAUCAAAGUUGUUCAAACAUCCUUCAGUUUGCAGAUUGCAUACGAAUCUCACGCCUCAGAGGGCAUUUUAACCUGUCAUCCCACAGAACCAUGUAUAGAAAGAGUUUGGCCAACCUGGUUUUAGGCAAUGAUUGAUUAAAAGGCACUCACGUGACUACAGAGCACCAUGUUUGCUACCAACUUAGAGCAGAUGCUAUGUGUUUGCGGCGCUUCCUCGAUAAUUUUUCGACGUGUGUAAAUGUCGAAUUCUCCACCCGCGAGAAUUGUGAAAAGCCUUUUACAUUGCUUUCCCCACAACCCAGAAAAAAGACAAGUAUAGGAAGUGAAAGUUCGACGUCAACACUGGAAAGCCACCAACUACAGCGUCUUGUGCCAGGUAAACACACGACACAACGUCUGUGUUGUUCAGGAGAGAACACACAGAAGCUAAUACAAAUAAUAACAGAAGAAAUGGGAAAAAAAAGAGAAAUGGUUUGACAUAAAUAGACUAUCUUUGAAUUUCAGUAAAACAAAAAUAAUUCAAUUUGGUAACAGCAGGAGCAAAAGUCAAACACAAAUACAAAUAGAUGGACUUUGAAAAAGUUCAAGAAACCAAAUUUUGGGUGUGAUAAUAGACGAUAAAAUGAAAUCAUAUAAAACAUAUCCAACAUAAAGUGGCAAGAAAUAGGGCAAUAAUGAAUAAAGAAAAAUAUGUUCUGCACCAAAGUCACUCCACAUUCUCCACUGCUCACCAGUGUUACCAUAUCUGAGUUGUUGAAAUGUGGACAAGACACUUUACCCACCUGCUCCCAGUGCCACCCACACUGGUCUAAAUGGAGCUUUAAGAUGUAAAUAAUGGGUUUCACUUGGUAAAGCGCUUUGAGUCUCCAGAGAAAAGUGUUAUAUAAAUAUAAUUCACUUGCUCCAUGAUGGGUGAUACACACAAUGAUUACAAAUACAUUGAAGGCAACCACCACAGUUGACAUAGUUCACACAAAAGUCACAAUUUAUCUGUGAUUAUUGGUCCCAAGCCAAUGAAUAUUUUGGCAAAAUGAUGGUAAUAAGUAAUUUUUUUCCCUUGUUCUAUGUAUUUUUUUACAUUUAGUGCGUCGUCUGGUGCGUGUUAAAGUGCUUGCUCGUCACGAAACACUGCAUGAAUGUAGCAGCAGACUGCGUCAAAUACGGUCGCAAAAUUAUACUUUGACAAAAUAAAAGCAUGUUUUUUGUGUAACUUUAUGAGCUAGAGUAUGUUUACAACUACAUAUAGACGCAUUAUUUUGGUUUAUUUCGUCAGGAAAACUGACGUCAAAACAACAGCAAUUGCAUCCUUGGGAGCAAACAUGGCGCCUAUUUUUUUAUUUGACCAUACUCUCUUCAUACAUGACUGUGCCAUCCCAUCGCUGUUUUAUCUUCUGACCACCAAACAUGAUCCGAUCCCAAAAUAGAUAUUAUUUUUUCAAAUAGUGGCCUCCGCUCUGUUUGACGCCUUGCUGCAGUUAAUUAGGGCAAUUCAAAGCACUGUGAAGGACCUAUUGAAACUGCAAUGUUUAUUAUUAUUAUCAAAUAUAUACAUUUGAAUGGAGUUUUGAUCCCCUUAAAGGGGAACUGCACUCUUUUUUUGGAUUUUUGUCUAUCAUUCACAAUCCUUGUGUGAGACACGCACUUAUGUUUUUCUUUUCUUAUGGAUUAUAACUUGUAAAUAAAGGCAAGCAUGAGGUGGCUAACAAUACACUCUUAAAAACUAAAAUCCAAAAUCCUCCAUCAUCGCUUUAUAUACAUGCUGUUAGUAUAUAUGUAAUGUAAUAACACUCAUAACAUGUAAUAAGUACAUGUUUUGCUCAUUUUAAGUGUAUUCAUUUUACAGACUCAUCACAUCUUUCAAUAUACCCUUCAACAAUAACACUAAUAGUCAUGACAGACUUCAUGAGAGACAACGACUACUUUGGGACAAAUGAUGAUUGGAACCUUAUAUUUUUUAGCCUGACUAUACAGAACAUUAGCUACAAGUUUUAGAAGCUGUGUGCUGAACAGAUCCAGCAAGUAGCACUAUUAGCAAGAUAAAAAACUAUGAACAUAAUAAAACAAUCACUUACUGUACAAUGUUUGCUCUCAAUGGGAUGCCGACUGAUGGAAUGUUCACAGCAAAUCUUCCAGUUGAGAUGAAUAAUUUAUCAUAAUCCUCACACAAGUUAAAAAAAAAACAAGGUGAGGGCAAAUGAGCGUUUGUGUGCAUCUUUCUCGCCAUCUCUGAGUCUAAGUUAAACGUCAACGUUGAUCAACUUCUUGGUUUAUGACAACCUUCUACCUUACAAGUGAGAGGUAUGAUUUAUAAUCUGGAAUUAACUUGUACCAACUCAGAAAAAUAUUUGUGUUCUUGUCUUACAUUUAGAUUGUGAAUGGUAGGCAACGAAACGUGCAGUUCCCCUUAACUGUGAUGGUAAGCGGAGGUUGCAAAAGCAAUAUGGCACUUGCAAAGAGAAAUCAUUUUAAAAGGGGAUAUCUGGUGUAAAAAAAAUAGAAAGAAAAAAGUUUGACAACCAUUACAUUAGACCUAUAUUUUGGCGUACCUAAUGUUAGACCGGGCAGUGUUCUUGUUUCUCGUCAUCUUGUCCACCAUUUGUCAUUAUUUAGCUUCCAAGCUAAGCUAAAGGGACGCACAGCAAACGCUGUAAAGACGCCUGUUUGUAUAGAAAGUGUAUUUUUAAAAUAGCGAAAUUAGCUUUUUUUAUUCAUAGUCAUCUGAUUGUUUUAUUGUGGUGUUUGGUUAUGAAAGUCCGUCUUAAAUAGUUUAACUUGAUAUGUUCUUGUUUAUUUGCUUGUCUAAUGAUAAAACCGAUGUAUUUUUACAAACAGCCAGCAGGGGCAGACAAAACCCACAAUCUUAUGAUUUAGUACGCUUUCAUUUCUACUGUGCUCUUGUUUAACUUUCGUAUUUGUUAUAUACUGUUUAUUUUGCAUAUCGAAUCAAAAUUAUCAUUACCUAUGAAAUAUAUUACAUAGGAUUUAAAAAAAAAUCUGGUUUAACUCUAGUUUUGGCUUGGUUAAUGUUAGCAUCCACUUUUAGCUCCAUAGAUGUACAAACCCCGUUUCCAUAUGAGUUGGGAAAUUGUGUUAGAUGUAAAUAUAAACGGAAUACAAUGAUUUGCAAAUCAUUUUCAACCCAUAUUCAAUUGAAUGCACUACAAAGACAAGAUAUUUGAUGUUCAAACUCAUAAACUUUAUUUUCUUUUUGCAAAUAAUAAUUAACUAAGAAUUUCAUGGCUGCAACACGUGCCAAAGUAGUUGGGAAAGGGCAUGUUCACCACUGUGUUACAUGGCCUUUCCUUUUAACAACACUCAGUAAACGUUUGGGAACUGAGGAGACACAUUUUUGAAGCUUCUCAGGUGGAAUUAUUUCCCAUUCUUGCUUGAUGUACAGCUUAAGUUGUUCAACAGUCCGGGGGUCUCCGUUGUGCUAUUUUAGGCUUCAUAAUGCGCCACACAUUUUCAACGGGAGACAGGUCUGGACUACAGGCAGGCCAGUCUAGUACCCGCACUCUUUUACUAUGAAGCCACGUUGAUGUAACACGUGGCUUGGCAUUGUCUUGCUGAAAUAAGCAGGGGCGUCCAUGGUAACGUUGCUUGGAUGGCAACAUAUGUUGCUCCAAAACCUGUAUGUACCUUUCAGCAUUAAUGGCGCCUUCACAGAUGUGUAAGUUACCUAUGUCUUGGGCACUAAUACACCCCCAUACCAUCACAGAUGCUGGCUUUUCAACUUUGCGCCUAUAACAAUCCGGAUGGUUCUUUUCCUCUUUGGUCCGGAGGACACGACGUCCAAUUUCCAAAAACAAUUUGAAAUGUGGACUCGUCAGACCACAGAACACUUUACCACUUUGUAUCAGUCCAUCUUAGAUGAGCACAGGCCCAGCGAAGCCGACGGCGUUUCUGGGUGUUGUUGAUAAACGGUUUUCGCCUUGCAUAGGAGAGUUUUAACUUGCACUUACAGAUGUAGCGACCAACUGUAGUUACUGACAGUGGGUUUCUGAAGUGUUCCUGAGCCCAUGUGGUGAUAUCCUUUACACACUGAUGUCGCUUGUUGAUGCAAUACAGCCUGAGGGAUGGAAGGUCACGGGCUUAGCUGCUUACGUGCAGUGAUUUCUCCAGAUUCUCUGAACCCUUUGAUGAUAUUACGGACCGUAGAUGGUGAAAUCCCUAAAUUCAUUGCAAUAGCUGCUUGAGAAAGGUUUUUCUUAAACUGUUCAACAAUUUGCUCACGCAUUUGUUGACAAAGUGGUGACCCUCACCCCAUCCUUGUUUGUGAAAGACUGAGCAUUUCAUGGAAUCUACUUUUAUACCCAAUCAUGGCACCCACCUGUUCCCAAUUUGCCUGUUCACCUGUGGGAUGUUCCAAAUAAGUGUUUGAUGAGCAUUCUUCCACUUUAUCAGUAUUUAUUGACACCUUUCUCAACUUCUUUGUCACAUGUUGCUGGCAUCAAAUUCUAAAGGUAAUGAUUAUUUGCAAAAAGAAAAUGUUUAUCAGUUUGAACAUCAAAUAUGUUGUCUUUGUAGCAUAUUCAACUGAAUAUGGGUUGAAAAGGAUUUGCAAAUCAUUGUAUUCCGUUUAUAUUUACAUCUAACACAAUUUCCCAACUCAUAUGGAAAUGGGGUUUGUAUGAUUUACGCUUUUACAAGCUACGAAAAUAUUUUCUUCAAACUGACAUGUUUAUUUCUGGUCUUAGUUUAAGCGUAACGUGUAUUUUGAAGAAGACAUCAAUUGUUAAAAUCAGUGCAGUUUUUAAUUUGUGACAAGAAUGAUUUGAUUUUGAUUGUUUUUCACACCACAUUCUCUUACAAUAGCUUCUGCACUUUAAGCUUGUUAACUGUUAAUUGAUACAAUAUGAAUAAAUGUAGAUUACUUUAAUAUAUAUGAAAUAUAUUUUGCCUGUUCUGACAUUUUGUUUCUUUUUUGUGCCAUUUUAAUAUAAUAAUCUGAUGUCCCACACAAUGUAGCACGUCCUACCUCAUAAAUUGUAACCUAAUAAUACAUGUGUUCUUGUCUGACGAUACAGAAAUGCAUACCAUAUGAAAUAGUAGGACACUACUCACCCGUCCUAAAGAGUAUUUUCUAAGAUUAUGUUGCCGGGGUCUUCCUGUGUGGAGUUUGCAUGUUCUCCCCGUGACUGCGUGGGUUCCCUUCAGGUACUCAGUCUUCCUCCCACCUCCAAAGACAUGCACCUGGGGAUAGUUUGAUUGGCACCACUAAAAUUGGCCCUAGUGUGUGAAAGUGAGUGUCAUCUAUUUGUGUUGGCUCUGCGAUGAGGUGGCGACUUCCGCCCGUCUGCAGCUGGGAUAAACUCCAGCCACCCCCGCAGUAUAAAAUGGAUGGAUGGGUGUUGCCAUCCACAAUCAAGUGUUCUGUUGAGUAUUUUUUGAUAUUUUAUGUUUAAUUUGGCUGAUUUUUAACUCACAAUAAAGAAUGCUGAAACACUUUGUUUAUACAGAUGUUGUAUCUAAUCAGUUCAAAUAAAGCACGUUUAUUCAUCAAA